AUGGCAUCAAGGACUUUGGGUUCAGCAGCAUGCAACCCCAUCCGCCAGGCGGUGCGAUCUGUGUUCAUCAAGUGGUUAUCCGCCGUGGGUGACUCGUUGAUGGAUUUUAGCCUCGUUGUCGACGGAGAGCUAUUUAUAAACGGGAGUUUCCAGGAUGUUGAACUUGGCCUCUUGCCGUCUGGGUCGUCGAGCCCGGUCUGUGUCGUCAAGGUUGCAUUCGACGAACCCAAGGCCAAAUGGUUAUCCGAAGCCGUUCGCUUGGUGUAUGGGCCAGAGAAUGAUUGUCGAAUUGCAAUUGUCGUGGAGAUUCAUGCCGAGCCGGACGAGAAUCGCCCUCCACCACCAGAGAAAGAGAUGUGGCGUUCUCUCCCAUUUAUGUACAAACACAACGUUGGGCAGUUGGCGACGACAAUUGCGCAGUUUUGCUUUCGCAAGGGGUACUACCUCAGUGGUUGCUUUACGUGCCGGAUCCAUGUGUUGUGCUUGCGGUGGAGGGAGUCGGAGCUCCUCUGGGAAUGUAGGUUGAAAAACGAGGAGCUUAUUCUGGAGACAAAACACGACGAGCAGGACGAAUAUCCCAACUGGAAAGAGCUCCUCUUACCCGAAUGGACUGUGAGGAAGAAGAUUUUGCUUCCGUUCGACGACGUGGUGGAGGCCAUCAUGGACUCCAUUCCCGCGUACGAAGAGAUGGUGAGCCUCCGUAUGGCAGGCAAGAAAAAAAAGGCGCUCCUCCCGCCAAUGGAGAAGUGCAAGAAAUGCAGGUUUUGCAAACGUCACCUUGAACCUAUCAACGGGCUCAAGCGUCUGUACGAGAAGGAGGAAAGAGAAAAAGAGGAGAAGAAGAGAGUCUUGAAAAGCCACACAGCAAGUGUAGCCGGUCGACAGGUCCGGGGGACGCAGGACAAGCGGAAGAUCGCCGACCAAUUGAAGGAGCCAGAAGCAGGUGAUGCGGAUGAAGAGAUGGAAGAUGGAAUGUUCGAUGCUGAUGAUGGAGGAGAUGAAGCAGAGGAGCCAAGUGAGGAUGAAUGGAGUGAAUACGAGGAUGACAGCACCGACAUGACUUCGGAUUGA